AUGCCCGGUGAACUCCUCAGGAAGAGGAAGAUCGCUGUUCUUGGUUCUCGUUCAGUCGGAAAAUCCUCGCUCGUUAUUCAGUUCAUCGAGAACCACUUCGUCGAGUCAUAUUACCCUACCAUCGAGAGCACGUUCAACAAGAACAUCAAUUAUAAGGGCGUUGAGUACGACUGUGACAUCAUCGACACCGCUGGCCAGGAUGAAUACACCAUUCUUAAUUCAAAGCAUGCUAUUGGGGUUCAUGGAUUCGUUCUGGUCUACUCCGUCACAUCGCGCAAGUCGUUCGAUAUGAUCCCGAUUGUAUACGACAAGAUCACCGAGUUUUGUGGCGUGAAUAACGUGCCUUGUGUGAUUGUGGGCUCCAAGACGGACUUGCCGCAGAGAAAAUCCAGACAGGUAUCGGUGAGCGACGCAGAAGCUCUUGCCAAGAAAAAGGAGGCAGCCUUCAUCGAGACGAGUGCAAAGAACAACUUCAACGUCGCCAAGGUCUUCGAGCUCUGUCUAGCUGAGAUUGAGAAGCAGUCACCAAACGGCAAGGCCGAACCACCCACCAGCAAAUGCAUAAUUAUGUGA